AAUAAAUUAACUAUGAAAUUAAUUAUCCAAGCCCUACUUCUCCUAGCUCACACUCUCCUCCAAUCAAAUCCCGCCGCGUUGCGCCUCCCAAUUUUACGAUCCUACUCGCCACUCUCCAUCUCCGUCGCCGAUUACGGUGCCAAGGCCGAUGGCCGCCACUACGACACCGUCGCGAUCCAAUCCGCCAUCGACGACUGCUCCGCCGCGUCCUCCUUCCACGGCCGCCCCUGCCACGUCGGCUUCCCGCCCGGCAGCUACGUUACCGCCACCCUGCGCCUCAAAUCCGGCGUCGUGCUGAACAUCUCGACGGGCGCCGCGAUCCUCGGCGGCACGAGGAUGGCGGACUACCCCGAGCGGCAGGAGAGGUGGUACGUGGUGGUGGCGGAUGGCGCGACGGACGUGGGGAUCACAGGCGGCGGGGAGAUCAACGGCCAGGGGCUGAGCUUCGUGACGAGGUUUGACGAGAGGAAGAAUGUGAUGGUGAGCUGGAACCAGACCGGCGCGUGCCUGGGAGACGAGUGCCGGCCGCGGCUGGUGGGGUUCAUCGGGUGCACUAACGUGCGGAUCUGGGAUGUGAGCUUCAAUGAUCCGGCUUAUUGGUGCUUGCACAUAGUCCAGUGUCAAAACACGUCGAUUCACGACAUUUCAAUCUAUGGAGACUUCAAUACGCCGAACAAUGAUGGCAUAGAUAUUGAGGAUUCGAACAACACGCUCAUAACAAGAUGCACCAUAAAUACUGGAGAUGAUGCCAUCUGCCCCAAGACAUAUACUGGUCCCAUUUACAAUCUCACUGCUACUGACUGCUCGAUCAAGACGAAGUCCUCGGCCAUCAAACUCGGGAGUGCCAGCUACUAUGCUUUCAAGGGUUUGGUGUUUGACAAUAUUACCAUCAUUGAAUCUCACAGAGGCCUCGGAUUUCAAAUACGUGAUGGAGGAAAUGUCAGUGACGUCACCUUCUCGAACAUCAACAUCACCACCAGAUACUACGACCCGUCCUGGUGGGGCCGGGCCGAACCCAUCUACGUCACAACCUGCCCAAGAGACUGCAACGCAAAAACAGGCUCCAUAUCUAACCUGCAGUUUAUAAACAUCACAGCCACUUCAGAAAAUGGUGUGUUCUUGUCGGGCUCCAAAAACGGGCUCCUGAGCAAUGUGAAGUUCUUGAACGUGAACUUUACCUACAAAAGGUAGACGGACUAUCCAGAUGGGCUCGUGGAUUACAGGCCCGGUUGCCAGGGGCUCGUGAACCACAGCUGUGCCGGUUUCUUGAUGGAACACAUUGAUGGGCUGGUUCUGGAGAAUGUGCGCAUGAGGUGGGCCGAGGAGAACAUUAAGGGAUGGAACAACCCAAUUGAGUUUCUGCCCUCGACCGUAAAUAAUGUCUCGUUGGUGAAUUUCUAUUCUGGGGUGUACAGACAACGAGCUUGGGAGUAGAGAACUAGAGAGAUGCAUGAUGUAGAGGCUAGUUUUGAGGACCAUAAUGGAACUUUUGGAGAAUUGAGCAAAUUACAGAGUGGUUUUUGUUAGGGUUUAUUGCACCAAAUCCCCCUGUAUUAUAUGAAAUCUGCGCGUUUUCCCCUAGUAUUUCAAAAAAUACGUCAGACCCCCUCGUAUUAACUAAGUUUUGCACGAAUCCCCCCUCUCCGUCCAACUUCACAGCGCGUGCAGCACACAUUCAUGUAAUGCGGCAAUUAUUCAAUUUUUUCAUAUAUUUUUUAUUUUAAAAUUAAAAUUUACUAUUUUGCCCCUUACUUGUUGGGCAAAAA